AAUAGUAAUGCUGUAAUGUAAUGAUAAUGAAAUGUACGCUUUCAUAUACCAUGAAAUAAGUGCAUAGUGGCACAUAAACAUUCCGGUUCGGUGACGUAUUUAUAAAAUUUGUUGUAAAAAGAACUGUAUAGUUUUUAUUCCAUACAAAUAUGAACUCACUGUUUUCUCUCAUAGUCUUUAUAUUUUGUUUUUCAUUGACGGCAAGCGAUGAACAUAAUCACAAAUAUGAAACAAAUGAAGAGGUAGUUUUAUGGAUGAACACUGUGGGGCCUUAUCACAAUAGGCAAGAAACAUAUGCAUACUUCUCAUUGCCAUUUUGUGCUGGACCUAAGAAAAGCAUUGAUCAUUAUCAUGAAACACUUGGUGAAGCUUUAUUAGGCGUUGAAUUAGAAAUUAGUGGUUUUGAGAUACGAUUCAAAGCUAAUACACCAAAGAAUCCUUACUGUGAUGUUGAUCUCAGUGAAGAACAAUUGCAGGCAUUUGUGUAUGCUGUGAAAAAUCAUUAUUGGUACCAGAUGUACUUAGAUGAUCUUCCUGUUUGGGGUAUUGUUGGUGAAUAUGUUGAAUCUGAAAAUAGUUACUAUUUAUGGACUCAUAAAAAAUUUGAUAUUGGCUACAAUGGGGAUCAAAUAGUGGAUGUGAACUUAACAAGUGAAGCAAAAGUGAAAUUAGAAAAGGGGAAAAAAAUAACUUUCACAUUUGAAGUUAAUUGGAAACCAUCCAGUGUCAAAUUUGAAGACAGAUUUGAUAAAUAUUUGGAUCCAAGCUUCUUUCAACAUCGGAUCCAUUGGUUCUCGAUCUUUAACUCUUUUAUGAUGGUUAUCUUUCUUGUUGGCCUAGUGAGCAUGAUUUUGAUGAGAACAUUGCGCAAGGAUUAUGCGCGAUACUGCAAAGAUGAGGAAAUGGAUGAUAUG